AUGAACAACAGUUCCAGCCCUCAGUUGUCACUGAAACCCACCACCACGGACAUCGUGGACACCCUGGAUCAGGCCCAGUACAACCUCCGCAUCUUGUCCCUGGUCACCUAUUGCUCGGCUUUCCUCCUGGGCACGGCCAGCAAUGGGUUGGUCAUCUGGAUAUCCAGUUUCCACCUGCCUCACUCGGUCAACCGCAUCUGGUUCCUCCAGCUGGCUGUGGCUGCCUUGGCCUUCUGCUUCCUCCUGCCGUUCGACGUGGCCACCACUGCCCUGGGCUACCACUGGCCCUUCAGCCGGCUGGGCUGCAAGCUCCACAGUACCCUGAAAAGCUUCACCCUCUUCACCAGCGUCUUUCUGCUGACCCUCAUCUCGAUCGACCGCUGCGUCUGCGUCCUGUGGCCUGUCUGGGCCCGCGGCCACCGCUCCCCGGGCCAGGCAGUCCUGGUGUCUGGGUGUGCCUGGCUCCUGGCCCUGGCCCUCAGUGGCCCGGACCUGGUGUUCCUGGACACGAGGGAGGAAGGCAGGAUGGUCUUCUGUGAGUUCAAUUUCGACCCCCCGAACAACUCCAGUGACAAUGUCGUGCUCUGGCUGGAGACAGUGGUCCAGAGGUUCAGUGACCAGAUCAUCACCCGCUUUGUGGUGGGCUUCCUGGUGCCGCUGAUCGUUAUGGGGGGUUGCUACGGGCUCAUCGCGGCCAGACUCUGGAGGGGGCAGUGGUCCCACUCCAGGCGGCCCUUUGUCAUCCUGAUAGCCUGGGUGACCAUCUUUUUCCUCUGCUGGUUCCCCCGCCACCUGAGGUUCUUUCUGGAGCUGGCUGAUGCUGCAAACCAAGUGGACAUGAACAUCUUACUGAUCUGGCUGGACGCCCUGGCCUCCUUCCUGAUCUGUGCCCACAGCUGCCUCAACCCCCUGCUCUACGCCUUCCUGAGCCCGGACUUUCGGAAACAACUGUUCCGCUGCCUGCCGGCCAUUCUGGACUGUGGUGCGCUUGGGGAGGAGUCGGAAUCUGCCCCAUCUGCGGGGAACAAUUUGGACCAAGCCCGACCCGAGACUGAGUGCCCAGAGCUGUGA